AUGAAUUCAAGAGGUUAUGAUAAUGGUCUAAUGCCACCAAAUGAAGCAAUUCCUGUGCAUGGAACUAAUUUGGUGGAUACAAGAAGAUAUUCACCAGAAGUUGAUACAAAUGCGAACUUGGAAAAUGAAUCUGAACCGCUAAUUUCUAGUUCAAAAAUAAAUCAUCCUGGAAAAUCGCACAGACAACUGGGAACUAAGAUACCAGCCUCUGAUUCGUAUAAUAGUGUGUCACAGAAUAGACUAGGUGAAAGAAAUAAUAUCAACCAGAGAGAGGAAGAUUCUGAGCAAUAUUCCGGGCAGAGUGAAAGAGUGGAGACUCGUCAAAAGUAUUUAUUGUUUUUGCGUAAUUGGAGGUGGUUUUUACACUUAGUUAUAUUUAUUAAUAUUCUUUUCCUUGUUUGUGUUCUUGUUAGUGAGUUUUUUGUUGAAUUGUUUCCUCCAUCUAGUAGAAAUGAGUCGUUUGACAAUUUUGUUUUAUUAGUGAUAGCUUUAAGUGGGAACUGUUUUAACGUAUGGUUUACUGAUAUUGGGUUACUUUCUACAAUAGAUUGUAAAAUUAAUACCCUGUUAUUUGUAGUUCCCAUAAUUGAUAUUUUGAUACUUUCUAGUACUCAAUAUACAAGAUAUAGGAUGAGUGGUCUAACAUUGACUGUUUUUAGUUGGUUGAUAUUGACUUUUGCCUUAAAUUUAAUACAAUCAUACAAGUUAAAGGGUUAUGCUAAUCAAUUAAAUGGUAUUUUUAAUCAAAAUAGACAUACUAUGAAGGAAUGGUUAAUAAUAGGUUUUCGAAAUGCAUGCAAAAUUAUACUGCUACUUCUACUAAUUUUGAAUACUUUAAAUACAUUGCUUUUCACUAUUGACACCCAUAACAUGAAUAAACCUAAUCGUUAUUUCUUUAUUGGCCAAGAUCAUAGAAGAACGAUACAUUUAAGAUGUUAUGGAUUAGAUAAUGUUGAUUCAACGCAACCAAUUAUUAUCUAUGAGCAUGGUGGAGAAGAAACUUCUUAUAAAUCUGGUAGAUGGCUUGAGGAGUUAUAUCUUCUUGGUCAUGUUGAAAGGAUUUGUAUGUAUGAUAGAGUAGGAUACGGAUUGAGCGAUUCUGUUUCUAUGCCCUGGUCUCUUAAGGAUUCGAGUGAAGCGUUAAGGUAUGCAUUAGUGGAAGAUAUGAAACUGAAUGGUCCCUUUUUAGUCAUUGGAUAUGACUAUGGUGGUCUUGUUGCAAGAACCUUUGUGGGUGAUAAUAGGGAGUUAUGUUCUGGAUUAAUGUUGAUCGAAUCUUGGCAUGAAGAACUUCUGAAGAAAAACUAUCUUUCAAGGUUGUUUCCUGGAGAUGGUCGUGAUGAUGAUGAUGGGAACGAUAAAGGUUCUCUUAGUGAUAGUCAAUUAAGUCUUAGACUUAUUGAAAAAGAGAUUGGGAAGAGGAAAGGUUAUAAGAUUUGGUGGCAUGGACUUUGGUCAACAAUUGGGUUAGAUUCGCAUUAUUCAUGGCUUAUCAAACGUCGUGGGUCGAGCGAAAGACUGGUUGGUAAAGACAUGAUACAUGAAGGUAAGUUUUUAAGAACAAAAUUUGCAGAAACUUUAACAAGUUCAUUAUUAAGUUAUAGAGAUAUUUUGCAAUCUAACGAAAAAAUAAGAAAUGUUAAAUUAAGUGUUGUCAGUUCAAAAGAGAUGAUUAAAAAAUCCUCAUUAUGGGGAGAUUGGCAAAGACAACUUACAAAAAUUUCUACAAAAGUUAAGGAAUGGAAAAUUGUGGACGGUGAACAUGAAUUUUUUGAAAAUAAUAAUGCUAAAGAACUUGUACAAGCUGUUCUUUUAAGACUUCUUGAAGAGUGA